AAACAAUCUUUUUUUAAUUUAUUGCACAAAGCUUUACUGCAACAUGGACAACGUGAGCAAACAAAACUUUACAUAUUAACAAGAAACAAUGCUUCAUUUACAUAGAAUUUUCAUGAUUUUAUGCAUUCAUAGCCAUUGUAAUUUUUUGAUUCAUAAUCAUAUCCAUGACGGUCUGCAGAGUGACAACCAGACUGGUUUCCUGUUCACGUGACCCUCUCAGUUCUGCGGCCGUGACAUCUGCAAAAUGGAGGACCGUGAAGCUAAAGAACCCGAGCAACUCAGAAAGCUGUUUAUUGGAGGUUUGAGCUUUGAAACCACUGAGGAAAGUUUACGGGCCCAUUUUGAACAAUGGGGAACUCUCACGGACUGUGUGGUGAUGAGGGACCCCAACAACAAGAGAUCAAGAGGGUUUGGCUUUGUGACAUACGCCGCUGUAGAGGAAGUCGACGAAGCCAUGAAAGCAAGGCCUCAUAAAGUUGAUGGCCGAGUUGUUGAACCCAAGAGGGCAGUGUCCAGAGAGGACUCUAAUAAACCAGGCGCCCAUCUGACAGUGAAGAAGAUCUUCGUUGGUGGUAUUAAGGAGGACACUGAGGAGUACCACAUUCGGGAGCAUUUUGAGAAAUAUGGAAAGAUUGAGUGCAUUGACAUUAUGGAGGAACGCUCCACUGGGAAGAAAAGAGGAUUCUGCUUUGUCUCCUUUGAUGAUCAUGACACUGUAGACAAAAUUGUUGCCCAGAAAUUCCACACAAUCAACUUCCACAAUUGUGAGGUCAGAAAAGCUCUCUCAAAACAGGAAAUGAGUGCUAUAUCCACUACCAGGGGCAGGAGUGGAGGAUCUGGAAACUUCAUGGGGAGAGGAAGUAAUUUUGGAGGUGGUGGCAACUUUGGUCGAGGUGGCUAUGGUGGAGGACGAGGUGGUUAUGGCGAUGAUUUUGACAAUGGUCCAGGAGGAAAUUAUGGUGGAGGACCAGGUUAUGGAGGGGGUCGAGGGGGCUAUGGAGGUGGUGGUGGUGGUGGUCCAGGGUAUGGCAACCAGGGUGGGGGAUUUGGUGGCAGCUGCGAUGGUGGUUACGGAGGCAAUGACGGAGGAUAUGGAGGAGGUGGAAAUUACAACGACUUUGGAAAUUAUGGUGGACAGCAGUCCAACUAUGGGCCCAUGAAGGGAAACAACUUUGGGGGCAGAAACUCGGGUGGACCCUAUGGCGGUGGCUACAGCUCUGGUGGUGGUGGCGGAGGUGGCUAUGGCUCACGGCGAUAUUAAUUAUUUCGUGUUUUGAUGUGGAAAGAGGCAUUCUCUUCUUGCUGAAAAUCUGUAAAGACCUGAUAACAUGGAAGGUUCUGGAUGGGUAAGACUUUUCAAAAUAUUAUCCAAGGCUGCAUAUAUUGUAAUCUAACAGUGCACAUGGUGAUUAUACAAGGUGCAGGGGUUCCUUUAAGGUAAAAUGAGCAGUAUGACACCCAGUAUCGCUCCACUUUGACCAGAAUCAGCCUACAACCUUCACCGCACAACUUGGAAUACCCUCAGGGCAAAAUAUGUUUCCAUGUUUUAUUACCUUUGCUAUCAGUCAGAUAGUGCUGAUAAAGUUGGUUGUGAUGAAGCACCUUUGGGGAAAUAACAAAUGAUCAUGCUUGGAAAAGAUGUUAGAGUAUUUACACUCACCUUAUUAGGCACACCUAUACAAUGUAUUACAAUUCACAGCAGGUCUUGCAUGAAUUCUGCCUUUACGAAGUUCAGCUUUUGUUGACAUUGUCGGAAAUGUAUAAAUUCAAUUACAUGUUUAUUACUGAGAUCACAGUUAAAGGGUCGCGGAGUGCUGGACUACAUUAUAUUGAGAAGUGUUUCUAAUAGUUGUCCUCUACACAUGAUGAGGGCAGAACACUUCUUAAUAUAAUGUCUAGUUACAUCACCACUAGUAUAACCUCAGUGUUAAAACACUGAAUUACCAACUUAAUGUCAAUGUCAAAACAAAGAUUAUUGGCAUCCUAGAAGUGGACUUAAUUUUUAAAAUAUUAUAGCACUAAUAAAAAAAUAAAAUAGAAGUAGAAUUGAUGGCAAAACUGUUGUAUUGGAUUGCAUUAGAUUGUACAUGUGUACCUAAUAAGGUGGCCACUGAGUGUUUUUACGAAUGCCAAGCUGGGAAAAAUAGGUUACUUGAUUAUUACUACGAAAGGCAGGCCAUAUAAGUAUAACGCAAACAUAGUUGUCUGUUUAUAAAGUUGGUAAUCAGCACUUUCUAAGCCAUUUUUAAAACGACAUGAAACAUCUAAGGCUUCAUGUCAAAUUCUCUGCAUUAAUCACAGGGGCAUCUCCCUGUGAUGCCCCAUUUUUGAUCUAUUAAACAAUUUUACAUGACAGGCAGUCAAAUGAACAUACAGAAACAUGGACAAACUGUAUCAUCAGAGAGGAACUGUUGUCACGAGUUGAAACUUACCAACGAUGUUAUGACAGAGUAUACACAAAUACACGUAUAUGUCUACUCAGUCUAAAAAUAAAGAACAAUGCCUGAUGAUGGUUUUUUUUAUCCGUUUAAGGAUAGAGUUUCUGUAGAGGAAUGUAGAACAACCAACUCAAUUACACAGAAUAAAGCUGUGCUUGGCAAAAGCACACCAGUGUCAAUAAACUAUGUUGGCCUAACAGUAAGAUAUGUUAAGUGUUAUUUGUGCUCUUAAAUAAAAAUGUUUCAUGACUUGAGUGUUUUAUUUCUGAAAUUGAAAAGCUGAGCUGUAAAUGUUUGUUUGUAAAAUACAACUGUUCUCAAAGGGAAAAGGUUGCAUUGUCCUUGAGUCUCAAACCGGUUUAGUUUGCCACACCCCCUAUGAAGUUUGCGGUGAGAGCAGAAAAUGGGCUGGGUGAUCAAAGGUAAUGUUUGUGUGUGAAAGUUUACUUAGUGCACAUACUGAUUGCGUAGGGCUUUACCUUUGAAUAUGCUUUUGGGGUUGGAUCAUUGUGAAGUUGUCAUGCAUGGUUUUCACUGAGCAUGUUCUACUGUAGGUGAUAAUUGUGCUCUUUGUUGUGUAACAUACGAAUGAAGUGGGUGGGAUUUCUUUUGCAACAAGAGUUUUGCAGUAUUCAAAGAUCUAGGGUACUAACUAGCUGGCUCUAAUAAAAAGCAAACAGAUUGUAAAUGUUUUUUAAGUCAGUAACUCUGUAGUGUCAGUACAGUACAAUAUUCCUUUUAUUUGCUUAUUUGUAUGCCCUUUGGUUAAAGAACCUUCAAGUCCAGAACUGAUUUGAACAUGUGGUAAGUUAUGUAAUCAUUCCUUCGACCAUAUAUCCAUCUGGUAUCAAUCUGGUGCGGGCCAUAGUACACCACACAAUGUUCUUUCAGAAAAUAGGAGGCUGCAUAGCUAUAGGAAUACUUUAUUGAAAAGCACAGAAGUCAAGGUUUUGUAAAAGAACCUAUGCAGCAAAUCAUAAAAGACAGUUAUAAAAUAUGAGUAACAAUGAUUUAAAAAUUAGCAUACAGAAAUAUAAUAUAUAUACAAUAUAUACACAUACAGUAACAGUUGUACCAAUCUCAAAAGCAAGUAAUGUUUAUAUUUACAAAGAAUAUUGGUUAAAGAAUCUGUUUAAGCUAUCCCAAGUACAAAAGAAGUAAAAUAUCAAAAAUAUAACAUUCAAGA